UGAACACAUCCCAUCAGAAACCCCAAUUACCAAAUGUUCAUCCCCUAAAACUAUGGCCCAAUUCAGAUUUUAGAGUUAUGUAGCCCAGCUUGUUCCGAUUAGUAUUCCAGUUCUAUACAGGCCCGCUACCCAAACACCUAGCCCAAAAGACGUCAACUCCCGUCUUCCUCUCAAAUCUCAACUCAAUUAACCCUGAUAUCAUUAGCCCCGUGGCUGCCCUGGGUGGCGGCAUCGCUUGAACCGAACUCUCCUGAAACAUUAAACACCAUACGCUCCUUUAUACCUACUGUCGUGGCUGUUUCUCCCUCACACCCUCUCAACCUCCAUCAAAAAGGAACCUCAUGGCCUCUUGUUGUGCACCAUUCUAAAACCCUUGCCAAUCCCCACAAAGAGUACAGUUUGGAUUCUUUUGCUCUGUGAACGCAAUCUCUAAUGGAUAUGAGAAGGCUAACAAUCACGAAACCCAUCUUUAUUCAAUCCCCGCUUAAACGUCCUUUAACUUGUAUCACAACCACGCUUCAAAAACAGCACCAAAUACACCCACAAGCUCCUCCUCCUCCUCCUCCAUUAUUGCAGGCGCAGACAAAUCCACAAGCUUUAAAUCAGAGUGUACUCAAAAGGGUAUCUUUAAUUCUUUCUAAUCCAUCUUUGGAUCGCGCUAAAUGUAAAGAAUUAGUCCCCCAUUUGUCUUCUCAAGAGUUUGAUAGCUGUUUCUUAGCUCUUAAAUCAAAUGCGAAUCCAAAAACAGCUUUGAACUUCUUUCAUUUUGUAUCCGAGACUUGUAAGUUUCGUUUCACAGCUCGAUCUUAUUGUGUUUUGAUUCAUUUGCUUGUUGGUAAUGAUCUUUUGUCUCCUGCAAGAUUGCUUUUAAUUCGUUUGAUUGAUGGGAAAGUUCCAGCCUUUUAUGCGAGGAGUUUUGAGAGUAGACAUUUUGAGAUUGCCCAAAUAAUGGCUGAUUUGAAUUUGGUGUUUGAGCCUGUUAUUGGGGUUAAAAUUGCUGAUUUAUUGGUACAUGUUUAUAGUACACAAUUUAAACAUUUGGGUUUUGGUUUUGCUGCUGAUGUCUUUAGUUUAUUGGCGAAAAAGGGUUUGUUCCCCUCAUUAAAGACAUGCACUUUUCUGUUGAGUUCUUUAGUGAAGGCUAAUGAGCUAAAAAAGAGCUAUGAAGUGUGUGAUUUCAUCUGUCUUGGUGGUAUCAUUCCGGAUGUUCACUUGUUCAGCACAAUGAUUAAUGCGUUUUGUAAGGGACACAGAGAGGAUGAUGCUAUCGGGUUGUUUUCAAAAAUGGAAAAGUUGGGUGUUGCUCCAAAUGUUGUUACGUAUAAUAAUAUCAUUCACGGCUUGUGUAAGAGUGGGAGAUUAGAUGAGGCAUACAGGUUUAAAGAAAAGAUGGUAAAAGAGAAAGUGAGUCCAAGCCUUAUAACAUAUAGUGUUUUCAUUAAUGGUUUGAUUAAAUUGGAGAAAAUUGAUGAAGCAAAUUGUGUUUUGAAGGAAAUGUCUGAGUUGGGUUUUGUGCCAAAUGAGGUUGUUUAUAACACAUUAAUUGAUGGGUACUGUAAGAUGGGAAAUAUUAGUGAAGCACUUAAAAUAAGAGAUGACAUGUUAUCGAAGGGGAUAUCUCCCAAUUCAGUUACUUUGAAUUCACUUAUACAAGGUUUUUGCAAGAGUGAUCAAAUAGGAAAAGCUGAGAAUGUUUUAGAGGAGAUGAUAGCAAGAGGUUUACCAAUAAACCAAGGUUCAUUUUCUAUGGUAAUUAAUUGGUUGUGCUUGAAGUUUAGGUUUGUUACUGCACUACAUUUUAUUAGAGAGAUGCUGUUAAGAAAUUUGAGGCCAAAUGAUGGGCUGCUUACCACAUUGGUUAGUGGGUUAUGUAGGGCUGGGAAGCAAGGAGAAGCAGUAGAACUUUGGUGCAGGCUGUUGCGGAAAGGUUUUGUACCCAACAUAGUGACUUCAAAUGCCCUUAUUCAUGGGCUGUGUAAAGCAGGAAACAUGCAAGAAACUCUUAAGCUCCUCGGAGAUAUGCUUGAGAGGGGUUUAGUAUUUGAUAGGAUAACAUAUAACACGCUCAUAUCAGGGUGCUGUAAGGAGGGGAAAGUCAAGGAAGGAUUUAAACUUAAGGAAGAGAUGGUCAAGAAUGGAAUUCAGCCAGACAUAUACACUUAUAAUUUAUUGCUACAUGGGCUCCUUAAUGUGGAUAAGAUUGAUGAAGCCAGUAGGCUAUGGCAUGAGUGUAAAAAAAAUGGUUAUGUUCCUAAUGUUUACACAUAUGGUGUUAUGAUUGAUGGAUACUGUAAAGCCAAUAAAGUUGAAGAGGGUGAAAAUCUAUUAAACGAGUUAGUUUCCAAGAAACUGGAACUAAAUCCUGUUGUUUAUAAUUCUCUAAUCAGAGCAUACUGCAUCAAUGGGAAUAUGAAUGCAGCGUUUAGACUUCGUGAUGACAUGAAAAGCAGAGGUGUCCCGCUAAGUUGUGCCACAUAUUCUUCUCUGAUGCAUGGACUGUGCAAUAUUGGCCUUGUUGAUGAUGCAAAACACCUCCUUGAUGAGAUGAGAAAGGAGGGCUUGCUGCCAAAUGUUGUCUGCUACACUACAAUCAUUGGUGGUUAUAGUAAGCUAGGCCAGAUGAAUAAAGUCACUAAUGUCUUGCAAGAAAUGUCUUCACAUAACAUACAUCCUAAUAAAUUCACCUACACAAUCAUGAUAGAUGGGUUUUGCAAACUGGGCAAAACAAAAGAAGCAGCUAAGCUUCUGAACGAGAUGACAGAAAAAGGAAUUCUUCCUGAUGCUGUCACUUACAACGUCUUCACAAAUGGGUUAUGCAAAGCAGGUAAGGUAGAAGAAGCAUUUAAAGUAUGUGAUGAAAUGUCCAGUGGAGCAUUAUGUUUAGAUGAGAUUACAUACACUACAUUGAUUGAUGGGUGCCAUCAGCCAUCAACGGCCACAAAUGAAGAAUGACCAAGAACUCUCUUGAUGCCACAUGCCCUCUAACAUUGCCACGUGUUUUAUCCUGGAUGAAUGUAGAAUCCAAUUGCUUGACACGGGGAGCACUUCUUCUAAAUUUAAGAUAAAUCAUUGCAUUUGGAGGUUGACUAUAUACGGUUUGACGGUUUCAAUUGCAUUUGCUAUUUUGCCUGCUCUUGUGAUGGAUGCAUGGUUUCUGAAGGAGUUAUCUUGAAAGCUUUUUGACGCUUUCCAUGGUAGAGGAUGAUGGUGACUGCAGGUGCAUAUUUUUAGAGAAAUGCAACGUCCUUUGUUUGAUAGUGAGGUACACUAUUCAUUGGUGCUGGGGCCACUUCUGUGCACCAUGAGUCUUUGCUAUGGAGAAAUAUCUCAUUUCCUAACCAGGCCCAUAACUGUGGACAUGAAGACAGGAGAAGCUUCAAUAGACUCGUAGUAAAACAAGGUGUGCUUUUGGAAUAGAUCAUCAGGAAGGAGAUGUGAUGAGACAAACUUUUUGAAUUGAAGUGAAUAAUUUCUUGUUGGUGGAGGAAAGAGAUGGUUCGGACAUUUAAAGAUGAAAGGUCUAUUCUUCAUGUUUUGCAGUUUAAAAUCACAGAAGCGUUUGGGAAUUACUUUGUUGGAAGCAGAGAAAGGUGCAGUGCCUUACCUUGAAGGUGUAACAAUAUGGAGAUACGAAUGGCUGGACAAAGCGCCAUGACUCCAUGGUUUUUACCCUGAUAAGUUUUCAAAGAAUUUAAUCAACGCCAUCGGUGAGGACAGAGGAAGACUAUUGCACAUCCAUCAAGUUCUCUCCAGCUACAAGGAUGGAAAGUGGAUGCAACUCUGCCUUGAGAUAGGGGCUCAAAAUAGUCUGUGGUUGCUAAUAAUUGUAUCUUCUUUUCUUGGUUUUCCCCUCAAAUGUCAUAUCACUAAUUGUAAAAUGAGAGUAAAGAUAACUAUGCUAAAGAUGAAGGCGGGGGAAAAUUCCCCGGUUGUAAAAUUAGGGUUAGCUAAAAUUUAGACAAUAAUUCACGAGAAGACCGCAUUGAAUUUU